AGAAAAUCUGCUCGGUCCCAGGCAGCCGCCGCUGCCCCUUUGAUGUUUUGGUACACCGUGCGCAUGCGCCUCACAUUAGAAUUACUGCACUGGGCAGUCUAAGUUGGAUCUCCUCUCUUCAGUGAAACCCUCAAUCCCAUCAAAAACUAAAGGCAUGUGGAGAGUCCGGAAAAAGGGCUACUUUGGGAUUUGGUCAUUCCCCUUAAUAAUCGCCGCUGUCUGUGCGCAGAGUGUCAAUGACCCUAGUAAUAUGUCGCUGGUUAAAGAGACAGUGGAUAGACUCCUGAAAGGCUAUGACAUUCGUCUGAGACCAGAUUUUGGAGGUCCCCCUGUGGCCGUGGGAAUGAACAUUGACAUCGCCAGCAUUGAUAUGGUUUCCGAAGUCAAUAUGGAUUAUACCUUGACAAUGUACUUCCAGCAAGCCUGGAGAGAUAAGAGACUGUCCUAUAAUGUAAUACCUUUAAACUUGACUCUGGACAAUAGAGUGGCAGAUCAGCUCUGGGUGCCUGAUACCUACUUCCUGAAUGAUAAGAAGUCAUUUGUACACGGAGUGACCGUCAAGAACCGCAUGAUCCGCCUGCAUCCAGAUGGGACGGUUCUUUAUGGCCUCAGAAUCACAACCACAGCUGCUUGCAUGAUGGACCUAAGGCGGUACCCACUGGAUGAACAAAACUGCACCUUGGAAAUUGAAAGCUAUGGAUAUACCACUGAUGACAUUGAGUUUUACUGGCGUGGGGAUGAUAACGCAGUAACAGGAGUGACAAAGAUUGAACUUCCACAGUUCUCUAUUGUGGAUUACAAACUUAUCACCAAGAAGGUUGUUUUUUCCACAGGUUCCUAUCCCAGGUUGUCCCUCAGCUUUAAGCUUAAGAGAAACAUUGGUUACUUUAUUCUGCAAACAUACAUGCCUUCCAUCCUGAUCACUAUCCUCUCCUGGGUCUCCUUCUGGAUUAAUUAUGAUGCAUCAGCUGCAAGAGUGGCAUUAGGAAUUACAACCGUCCUUACAAUGACCACAAUCAAUACCCACCUGCGGGAGACUCUCCCUAAAAUCCCCUAUGUGAAGGCCAUUGACAUGUACCUGAUGGGGUGCUUUGUCUUUGUUUUCAUGGCCCUUCUGGAAUAUGCUUUGGUCAACUACAUCUUUUUUGGGAGGGGACCCCAACGCCAAAAGAAAGCAGCUGAGAAAGCUGCUAGUGCCAACAAUGAGAAGAUGCGCCUGGAUGUCAACAAGAUGGACCCACACGAGAACAUCUUACUGAGCACUCUUGAGAUAAAGAACGAAAUGGCCACAUCUGAGGCUGUGAUGGGACUUGGAGACCCCAGGAGCACAAUGCUGGCCUACGAUGCCACCAGCAUCCAGUACCGGAAAGCCGGCUUGCCCAGGCACAGCUUCGGCCGGAAUGCCCUGGAACGGCACGUGGCACAAAAGAAAAGCCGCCUGCGGAGACGCGCCUCCCAACUGAAAAUCACCAUCCCCGACUUGACUGAUGUGAAUGCCAUAGAUCGGUGGUCCCGCAUAUUCUUCCCAGUGGUUUUUUCCUUCUUCAACAUCGUCUAUUGGCUUUAUUAUGUGAACUAAAACACAGCCUCCCAUGGG